AUGGCAGUCGACCCCAAAUCCAUCAAAUGCAAGGCUUGUUCCAAAGACCUGGCCACGGUCACGGACUCAGGGCUUAUUCCUACCCUAGAUGACACCGUGAGUGAGGGCUGCGAGACUUGUCAACAAUUUCGCCCCUUAUUCGAUGCAAUGGAGGCUGCAAAUACAGAGUACAGGUCUUUUAGAGACCGACGUGACAACUAUCGCCCCAAACAAGAUGCUCUACUGGAAGUCAGGAGAACACAUAUCGACUUCAACAAUUGGCUGUCGGGCGUCGAGUCGAGCCCGGGACAUUUGCAAACGAAGGAGGUCAAUGAACCACAGGGUGAGAAGCGACCGCGGUCGUUGUCGCAAUCAUCCGAAACUUCAGCUCAACCAACAAUCAAAUCAUCCCGACAUGAUCUCAAUAAAGACGCUAGGCAUGUGCGGAAGCGCUUUAGGUUCGCAGGCGAGGUUGAAUUCCGCGAAGAUUAUCGGCCAAGUCAGAACUAUGCUCGUAGCGACGAAACCUAUAUUCCGGGCAGAUAUGCGCCACCUGAGGACGGCGAGCAUCUAGAUACAAGUGGUAGCGCAAAGACCUUCUUGAGGUUCACAGGCAUGAAGAAAGUUGGCAAAGAAUGGGUUGAUGUGUGGAACAAUGAGGAGGGAUCUGAGAGCAAGAAGGGCGGGAAAAGAUCUUUCAGUACCAGAAACGAGCCAGAUGCAAAUGCUGCGGCUGCAGCUGUCUCGUCUACGACUGGAGAGGAUACAACUCAGCUCGACGCUGCUCCAAUGGACGCUCGGGCGCGAAGACUGGCGCGAAGAACACAACCGCGGCAAAAUGUCGCAAUGGAAAGGUGGACUGGAACGCCAAGUGGCAGCAAGCCAGUGUUGACCGAAGAACUCUUUGAGCCGACAGAAAUUGUUUCUACCACGAGUUUCGAUACCGCUGCGCGCGUCAGAAGCUCGACUGAGUCUUCUCAGCGGACCAAUGGCGAAUCCCAUGACACUGCCAGACCUGAGAAUCGAUACUCGGAGAAAGGGACUCCUUUGCAUGAACAUGUUCUUGAAGAGAUGCCUUCUAGAGAAGGAGGAGACGGCAACAACGAGACAGAUAAUGUGUCUGCUAAGGCACGACAAAACAUAGGAGAGAGCCAACAUGAGCACGACCUCAUAACACCCUUAGAUGGCGGCGAAGUACAGCGCACCAAGAGACACACGCAUUCAAGGAACCUAUGGAUACCCAAUCUGGGAUACCUAAGAAGAGCGCCACAAUGGCGCGAUAACUUCAAGCCAUUCGGUCCAUUCGACUGA